AUGGUUCAAUCCUCCGUUCUGGGUUUCCCUCGUAUGGGAAGGCUUCGUGACCUCAAGAAGGCCACCGAGGCGUACUGGGGUGACAAGAUCUCUCGUGAUGAGCUCUUGGCUGAGGGAAAGAGACUCCGUCUCGAGCACUGGAAGAUCCAGAAGGAUGCCGGUGUUGACAUCAUCCCCAGCAAUGACUUCGCCUACUACGAUCAGGUCCUUGACCACAUCCAGAUGUUCGGUGUCGUUCCCCAGCGUUACAGCCAGUACAACCUCCACCCCCUGGACGAGUACUUCGCCAUGGGCCGUGGUCUCCAGAAGUCCGGCGUUGAUGUCCCCUCCUUGGAGAUGGUCAAGUGGUUUGACUCCAACUACCACUACGUGAAGCCUACUCUUCAGGACAACCAGACCUUCAAGCUGGCCGAUCAGCCCAAGCCUCUUGUCCAGUACCUCGAGGCCAAGGAGGCUGGUAUCAUCACCCGCCCUGUCAUCCUCGGUCCCGUCUCCUUCCUUACCCUCGCCAAGGCGGACCGUGGCCAGACUCUUGACCCCAUUGACAAGAUCAACGAGCUCCUCCCCGUCUAUGUUGAGCUCCUGACCAAGCUCAAGGAGGCUGGUGUCCAGGACGUCCAGAUUGAUGAGCCCGUCCUCGUCUUUGACCUCCCUGCCAAGUCCAAGGCUGCUUUCAAGCCCGCCUACGAGAAGCUCGGCGCUCUCGGUGACAAGGCUCCUCGCCUUCUCCUCGCCACCUACUUCGGUGACAUUGUUCACAACAUUGAUGUUCUCCCUGCUCUUCACAGCCUUUACGGUAUCCACGUGGAUCUGGUCCGCAACCCUGAGCAGCUUGACACUGUCCUCGCUGCCCUUGGCCCCAACCAGGUCUUCUCCGCUGGUGUCGUUGAUGGCCGUAACAUCUGGAAGACCAACUUCAAGAACGCCAUCGAGAAGGUCGAGCUUGCCAUCCAGAAGCUGGGCAAGGAGCGUGUCAUCGUCGCUACCUCCAGCUCCCUCCUCCACGUCCCCCACACUCUCGAGAGCGAGAAGGGCCUCGACCCUGAGGUCCGCGACUGGUUCAGCUUCGCUGUUGAGAAGACCGCUGAGGUUGUCGUGAUUGCCAAGGCUGUCACUGAGGGCCCUGCUGCCGUCCGUGAGCAGCUCGAGGCCAACGCCAAGUCUGUUCAGUCCCGCGCCUCCUCCAAGCGCACCAACGACCCCAAGGUCAAGGAGCGCCAGGCUGCCGUCACUGAGGAGAUGCACAACCGCAAGUCUGCAUUCCCUACUCGCCACGCCGAGCAGGGCAAGUCCAUCAACCUCCCUCUCUUCCCCACCACCACCAUCGGUUCCUUCCCCCAGACCAAGGAGAUCCGUGUCCAGCGUAACAAGUUCACCAAGGGUGAGAUCACUGCUGAGCAGUACGAGAAGUUCAUCGAGAAGGAGAUCGAUGAGGUCAUCAAGAUCCAGGAGGAGCUCGACCUCGACGUCUUCGUCCACGGUGAGCCCGAGCGUAACGACAUGGUCCAGUACUUCGGUGAGCGUCUCACCGGUUACGUCUUCACCACCCACGCUUGGGUGCAGAGCUACGGAUCUCGUUGCGUGCGUCCUCCCAUCAUCGUCGGUGACAUCUCUCGUCCCGCCCCCAUGACCGUCAAGGAGUCCAAGUACGCCGCUUCGAUCUCCAAGAAGCCCAUGAAGGGUAUGCUCACUGGACCCAUCACCUGUCUCCGGUGGUCUUUCCCUCGUGACGAUGUCCACCAGUCGGUCCAGGCCCAGCAGCUGGCUCUUGCUCUCCGUGACGAGGUCAUCGACCUUGAGGCUGCCGGUAUCCAGGUCAUCCAGGUCGACGAGCCUGCCCUCCGUGAGGGUCUCCCUCUCCGCUCUGGCAAGGAGCGUGAGGAGUACCUCAAGUGGGCUGUCCGUGCCUUCCGUCUGGCUACCACUGGUGUCUCCGACGGCACUCAGAUCCACUCCCACUUCUGUUACUCUGAGUUCCAGGACUUCUUCCACGCCAUUGCCGCUCUGGAUGCCGAUGUUCUGAGCAUUGAGAACAGCAAGUCCGACGCUAAGCUCCUCAAGGUGUUCAUCGAUGAGGCCUACCCUCGCCACAUCGGACCUGGUGUCUACGACAUCCACUCUCCCCGUGUUCCCAGCGAGCAGGAGAUCAAGGACCGCAUUGAGGAGAUGCUCCAGUACCUCACCGUGGAGCAGCUCUGGGUCAACCCUGACUGCGGUCUGAAGACCCGUCAGUGGCCCGAGACCAAGGCUGCCCUGACCAACAUGGUCAACGCGGCCAAGUACUUCCGCCAGAAGUACACCAAAUAA